UAUAAAAAAAAGUGCCGGAUAAUAAAAAUUGUGUUUGGUUCCGAGGUUCUGUGAACAUAGAAUUUAGUUAAAAAUAAUUAUAAAUAACGCAUUACUUGAUGCUUUGUUCAUUAACUUAAACACAGUCUACAAGAAAACUAAGAAUACCGGCAGAAAUGUCAAGUAGAAGGGAUCGGUCCCGCUCACCAAUGCGAGUGGAUAAUGUAGGUAAAAGAAGAGAAAAUAAGCAACAUGAUAACAUGAAGCCUUCUGACAUGAAUACUAUGAUGAAUCCAAUGAUGAUGCAGAAUAUGUACUCGCAGGGUAAUAUGAUGAUGGCAGGUGGAAUGUACCCAAACAUGAUGAUGCCAGGCAUGAUGGGCGGAGGGAUGAUGCCUUCAACUGGAAUGGAGAUGGUGUCUGGCACAGGGAUGGACAUGAUGUCCCAAACUCCAAUGGAUAUGUCAGGUAUGGGGAAUGCCAUGGCUCCUCAGAACAUGGCUGCCGCUGGUGCAACAUCCAUGGAUAUGUCAAUGAUGGGUGGUAUGGUAAUGGAUCCCUCUAUGAUGCAAAUGUAUACAGGCAUGACUGGUGAUAUGUCCAGUGUACAAGAAAAAAAGGAAAUAGUACUAAAAAAUUGUAAGCUGACCCCUCCAGCUAUGGGUACCCCUCAACCACCUCGAAGAAGUAGACCUCCAGGCUGCAGAACCAUUUUUGUUGGAGGUUUACCAGAAAAAAUAAGAGAAAGCACUGUCCGUGAUAUAUUUGAACCUUAUGGAAGAAUACAUACAUUACGAUUGUCCAAAAAAGAUUUUUGCCAUAUUAGGUUUGACAGAGAGAGUUCUGUCGAUGCUGCAAUACAAUUAUCUGGAUAUCGUAUUAAGCUUACGAAUAAGGAUAAAGACAAAGAUAAUGAAGAUGAUGAAGAUUCCAAAGCUACAUCAGGAUGGCUUCAUGUGGACUUUGCAUUGAGUCGCGAUGAUCAAAAUGAAUAUGAGAGGAAGCAGCGUCAAGUGUUACGUGUACAGCAAGCUCAGAUGCAACAACUUUCUGCUCAGCAAGAGCUAGUUCAUAGCAGCAGUAGAUCAUCAUACAGAAGAUCUCCAUCACCUGUGAGAAUUCAACCUUUUUCAAAUGCAGCUAUACUACAACUUGUUGAGAAAAUAAAAAAUGAAGAACACUUUGCAAGCACUCUUCCAACUUUGGUUUCCUGGCUAGAGAGAGGAGAAUGUUCUAAAAAAAAUUCUAAUCAAUUUUAUUCAAUGAUACAAGCAACAAACUCUCAUAUUCGACGCUUGUUCAAUGAAAAAAUGCAAGCUGAAGAAGAGCUGACAGAAUGCAGAGAAAGAGUAAAAAGCAAUAUUGAAAAAGUUUUUGAGCAACUCGAGCAGGUGGCGAAAGUGUUUACAGCAGCAGGUCACCAACGUGUCUGGGAUCACUUCACUAAGCCUCAAAGGAAGAACAUAGAGACAUGGCAGAAAAUGACCCAGGACUUCAAUACAUUGAAAGAAGAAUUCCAUGAGAAAUUCUUUGGGGAGGAAAAUGAACACAAUGGUUACAAUAAUAAACCUCUAGAAAUGGGAAACACAGUUAAUAAUGAUGAUUAUAUGCAAAUUAAGAUUGAGAACGACAGCCUGAAAUUCCAAUUGGAAGCUUACAAAAAUGAGGUUGAUGUCAUCAAGGCCGAUGCUAAAAAGGAAAUGGAGAAAUUUAAAGCACAAUUUAUUGCAAGACAAGCUUUGCAAGGAGCAAUGGAUAACAAACAUCCUCCAUUGCCUUCUCCGAUGGUGAAGCCUCCUCCGCCACCGCCUUUGCCCGAGGACUUGGACUCGAAGGUCCAUCUCAGGGAGGCCGUGGAGGCGGGUUGCGGCGAGGCUAAACUUAUCGGAGUCAUGUCCGCAUUUCUACAGGUUCAUCCUCACGGCGCCAGUCUCGACUACGUGGUAUCAUAUGUACGCGCUUUGUUCCCGCACGUAUCGCAGGCGACAGUUCAUCACGUACUGCAGAAGCACUCUGACGUUUUCCAACGCACCACUUCGGGAGUCGGCGCCAAUAUAGAACACAAGUGGUCAUUUGUCGGCUUCAACAAAGACGAAACCGAAAAAGAAUAAUCUAAGCAACACUAGUUGCAACAUUGAUAUUUAGCCGUAUCGCAUUUGAAAGUUAAUUCAACAAUUCGGCAACACUAGGGUCCUACGGACACUCCCGACUAAAUUAUGUUUGUAAAAAUAGUGACUUAACGAAGAGCACAUAAUUAUGAUAAAAAUGUCUUUGUUGAUAAAAAUUAUAGGCAAACAAAUGUUUGAAGUAAAAUAAAAACAGUUGAAAUAAUAAUAAUAA